CUUCAGAUGGAGGUGUGACCAGACUGCAGAUGGAGGUGAGACCAGACUCAAGGGGGUGUGACCAGACUGCAGAUGGAGGUGUGUCCAGACUGCAGAUGGAGGUGAGACCAGACUCAAGGGGGUGUGACCAGACUCAAGGGGGUGUGACCAGACUGCAGGUGGAGGUGUGUCCAGAUUCAAGGGGGUGUGUCCAGACUACAGAUGGAGUUGUGACCAGACUUCAGAUGGAGGUGUGUCCAGACUGCAGAUGGAGGUGUGUCCAGACUACAGAUGGGGGUGUGUCCAGACUGCAGAUGGGGGUGUGUCCAGACUACAGAUGGAGGUGUGUCCAGACUGCAGAUGGGGGUGUGUCCAGACUGCAGAUGGAGGUGUGUCCAGACUGCAGAUGGAGGUGUGUCCAGACUGCAGAUGGGGGUGUGUCCAGACUGCAGAUGGGGAGUGUGUCCAGACUGCAGAUGGGGGUGUGUCCAGACUGCAGAUGGAUGUGUGUCCAGACUCAAGGGGGUGUGUCCAGACUGCAGAUGGGGGUGUGUCCAGACUACAGAUGGAGAUGUGACCAGACUGCAGAUGGUGUGACCAGACUGCAGAUGGAGGUGUGUCCAGACUACAGAUGGAGGUGUGUCCAGACUGCAGAUGGAGGUGUGUCCAGACUGCAGAUGGAGGUGUGUCCAGACUGCAGAUGGAUGUGUGUCCAGACUGCAGAUGGAGGUGUGUCCAGACUGCAGAUGGAGGUGUGUCCAGACUGCAGAUGGAGGUGUGUCCAGACUGCAGAUGGGUUUGUGUCCAGACUGCAGAUGGGUGUGUGUCCAGACUGCAGAUGGAGUGUGUCCAGACUGCAGAGACUGCAGAUGGAGGUGUGUCCAGACUGCAGAUGGAGAGGUGUCCAGACUGCAGAUGGAGGUGUGUCCAGACUACAGAUGGAGGUGUGUCCAGACUGCAGAUGGAGGUGUCCCAGACUGCAGAUGGAGGUGUGUCCAGACUACAGAUGGAGGGUGUCCAGACUGCAGAUGGAGAUGGAGGUGUGUCCAGACUGCAGAUGGGGGGUGUCCAGACUACAGAUGGGGGUGUGUCCAGACUACAGAUGGAGGUGUGUCCAGACUGCAGAUGGAGUGUGUCCAGACUCCAGAUGGGGUGUGUCCAGACUACAGAUGGGUGGUGUCCAGACUACAGAUGGGUGUGUGUCCAGACUGCAGAUGGAGGUGUGUGUCCAGACUGCAGAUGGAGGUGUGUCCAGACUACAGAUGGGUGUGUGUCAGACUACAGAUGGGUGGGUGUCCAGACUACAGAUGGAGGUGUGUCCAGACUACAGAUGGGAGUGUGUCCAGACUACAGAUGGGGGUGUGUCCAGACUGCAGAUGGAGGUGUGUCUGACACUUCAGAUGGAGGUGUGA